AUGGAGAGCAGGACAGAGGCAGAAUGUGGAUUUGGAGGGCAGAUGGAAGGCAUCUGCCGCAUACCCACAAAUAUUUCAACACCAUUAAUUCAUAAUUUUGUUUAUCUCUUUAAGAUCCACACGGGUUUACAGCACCAAAUAAUCUGGGCCUGUCAGCCCAGCUGCGUUCCUCUGGAUGAAAAACUUCUGCCCCAGCUCCUAAAAGAAGCAGGCUACACUACCCACAUGGUCGGAAAGUGGCACCUGGGAAUGUACCGGAAAGAAUGCCUUCCAACCCGCCGAGGAUUUGAUACCUACUUUGGAUAUCUCCUAGGUAGUGAAGAUUACUAUUCCCAUGAACGCUGUGUGUUUAUCAACGCUUUGAAUGUCACACGAUGUGCUCUUGAUUUUCGAGAUGGUGAGGAAGUUGCAACAGGAUAUGAAAAUAUGUAUUCAACAAACAUAUUUACCGAAAGGGCUACAGCCCUCAUAACUAACCAUCCACCAGAGAAGCCUCUGUUUCUCUACCUUGCUCUCCAGUCUGUCCACGAGCCCCUUCAGGUCCCCGAGGAGUACCUGAAGCCAUAUGACUUUAUCCAAGAUAAGAACAGGCGUCACUAUGCAGGAAUGGUUUCCCUUAUGGAUGAAGCCGUGGGAAAUGUCACCGCAGCCUUAAAAAGCCGUGGGCUCUGGAACAACACGGUGUUCAUCUUCUCCACAGAUAACGGCGGGCAGACUUUGGCCGGGGGCAAUAACUGGCCCCUUCGAGGAAGAAAGUGGAGCCUGUGGGAAGGAGGCGUGCGAGGGGUGGGCUUCGUGGCCAGCCCCUUGCUGAAACGGAAGGGCGUGAAGAACCGGGAGCUCAUCCACAUUUCCGACUGGCUGCCAACUCUGGUGAAGCUGGCCGGGGGCAGCACGAAUGGUACCAAACCUCUGGACGGCUUCGACGUGUGGAAAACCAUCAGUGAAGGAAGCCCGUCCCCCAGAAUUGAGCUGCUACAUAACAUCGACCCAGGCUUUGUGGACAUUUCUCCGUGUCCUGGGAACAGCACGGCUCCAGCAAAGGGUGACUCUUCUCUUCCAGAAUAUUCAGCCUUCAACACAUCUGUCCAUGCUGCAAUUCGACACAGAAGCUGGAAACUCCUCACGGGCUAUCCAGGCUGUGGUCACUGGUUCCCUCCACCAUCACAAUACAAUGUUUCUGAGAUACCCUCAUCGGACCCACCAGGCAAGACCCUCUGGCUCUUUGAUAUUGAUCGGGACCCAGAAGAAAGACAUGACCUGUCCAGGGAGUAUCCCCAUGUGGUCAAGCAGCUCCUUUCCCGGCUACAGUUCUACCACAAACACUCAGUGCCCGUGUUCUACCCGGAUCAGGACCCCCGCUGUGACCCCAAGAGCACUGGGGCUUGGGGCCCUUGGAUGUAGGAUCUGGGGCAGCCUUGGGUGGGUCGCUAGAAAGCCUUUCUGUUGCAAGUUGGACUUCAGACUCUACUCGUGUGUCUCAUUUGUUCUCCCAAUGGCUUCACCUAGUCCUUCUUUUGCCCCUAAACCACAUUAACGUGAUUGUCUCAUUUCAACCCCUUGUGCAUUUAAGAAGACGAUAAAAUCUGGAACCCUCCCGCUGUUGGCUGGGGUGUGUGUGUCUAGAGGAGAGGGUGAUUGGGUUCAUCCCCUUUUUCCGGAGCCGUGGGUCCGCUGGGAACUUGAUUUGAAAUAGGAAGUUAGUGAGUCCUGGAGGCCGGAGCAGCUGGCUCCUUUUGCCUCACAAGUCAGAUGUUAGGUUUCCUUCUGCCAAUAGCCAGCUUUUAUUGGCGUGACUCACAUUUCUUGUAACAAAUGAAGGGAGCAGACAAUUGUUAAUGGCUCUGUUGGCCAGGGGGUCUCCCUGUCUGGGAGAGAUCAUGUUCAGACGUUCCAUGUGAAUACGCGCCUUGGUCACCCUCGCUCACACACCUCAUCACUCAGCCCGUCCUGGAGCAUAAGGCCCAUUUCACUGGUAAGGUCAGUAUGGCAACAUGCCUACUCCUUGGUUCUGCUUUUUACAAUAAAGAACUGUGUUUUUAGCCCCAACUUCCCCCCAGCCAUUGCUCAUUUUGUCUAGACUUCCUGCUACCCGCAGAUCCCCCCUGGUUUUUUCCUCCCCUUCCCUGUGACUCAGGCGUCCUGUGCCUGAGAAGGCUGCCUUGCUUCUCCACUCUGAGCACCACUGGUUUGGGGAACACUGAGCUCUGCCUUCCUUUUGCCCCAACACCCAAGUGAGAGCCCUGCCAGAGAAGGCGGCCCGCCCGGCUCUGUGAGUUCAUGGUAGACACGAAGAGGCCUGGGUGGGCAAGGCUUGGGUCUGGGUCAUCUGUCUGGUGAGCACUUUUCUAGUUACAUGGAGUUUAUUAUCAUGACUAUGGCUUCGUCUCAUAAUGUAGGAUGAGUGCACUGACAGCUAUUCCCCGGCAGUGAGGAAAAGCCCCAGGAAAGGGCACUAUUUUUCAAGAUGAUGGAAGUGGGCAAUUUAAAAAAGGAAAUGGCCAGCAUCUGGGAUUCUGGGCCUUGAGAAAGCCAGGAGGGCACAUUCAUAUUUCUCUUAUUCUCCCAGUCUCGCUGCUUUUAUUGAGGUUCUGGGGUGAGGGGCAGGAUGCACAGUGUGACCUGCCAGCCCUUUCUCAGUCCCACUAAUAUCCUACUGACAUGCAUCGGUCCAGAUUAGCUCCAAAGAGUAUCAGACUCAGAGAAAUGUGUGCAAAAAUUAUACCUUUUUUUGCAUUAGCUCCACUGUUUCAUUUGCUGCUUAUCACCAGUGCCUGGUACAUAGAAGGCACUCAAUACACUUUUAAAAAAAUAAAUGAGUGAAUGAAUGAAUGAGCAAAUGAGAAAGUCUCACACCAUGAAAGGUGAUAGUCCAAUGAGUUGAAUACAGGGAUAAUAUAAAUAUCUUCCAACCAUUGAUUUUCUGUUCUCAAGCUGCCUCGUUGGGUAGGAGCACAGUCUGCACAUCUGGGCAGUCAUUUAACACGCCAUAGUAAAGUUGUAAUGUCCGCUGGGGUAGGGGUGGAAUGUGCCUGCCAAAGGUACUGUUCGUUUCCCAGUAAUCCUCAGUUCUAUUUAUUCUUCGUAGGACACUAGAAACAAAACCACCAACUAAUAUGCUAGGUUCCUUCCAUUCAGUAGCUGUGUUUUCUGGUCGCUACCAACUUGGAUUGUAUUAAAAUAGGAUGAUUGGAAGGAAAUGGUGCUAGAACUAAUGACACCCAUUACCAGCCUAUUCCACACUCCUGGGUUGGCACACAGCCGGCCAAAAUACUAUUACCUCUCCCGAGCCUGUGGCAGAUUUAUGAACUAACUGAGCCCAGAUAUUCCUUCUGGAUCCUUCUAAUCCCAGCGCUAUAGGUACCAUUAAUACUUUAAGGUUGGAGGCAUCACUAGAUGACCUCUCUUACUCUCCCGGCAGCUGUCCCCGAUUCUGGCUUCUUGGUUGCUAUGUACAGUGUGCACAUUCGGCACUCAGGACUUAAAGGGAAUUUUAAAGAUUAAUUUUCUGUAACACUUUUAUCUGAGAUUUUAUUUUAUCCAUAAUAGAAUGCAUUAGAUUUUUUUUUCUGUACCAGACUGUGAACAGAUUCAUAUGUUUUCAUUAGAAGUAUUAAUGUCAUUUCUUUUUAAUUUGUUUAUGUUUAAAGAAAGGUUUUGUUUAACUGUUUUUCCUUGUUACUUCACAAUUGUCCCACAUAUGGGGGAACAAAAAGAAUAAAUUAUCUUUUAGAACGUGUCA